AUGCCUAAGAACAUAAAACAUUUAGUUGCAGACACUACAGCAUUCAUUAAAGCAGCUGGCUUACAAGAUAUCGCCGAAAAUGUCUAUACGAUUCAAGAGGUUAUCGACGAAAUUACAAACGACAGACAACGUAAGAAACUCGUGGUUCUCCCUUACGAUUUAGUCGUCAAAGAUGUAUUUACGGAAAACAUCAAAUUUAUUACGGAGUUUUCACAAAAGACUGGUGACUAUCGAAGCCUCUCUGCAAUAGAUAUCAAAGUGAUGGCAUUGACAUACCAACUGGAGAAAGAAAAGCUCGGGACUGCUCACUUGAAAACUGCACCGACCACGCAGAAAACUGUAAAAGUGACUGGUGUGCCCAGCCAUAAUAAAAGUUCAAACGAUAACUCUGAAGAAAGAGAAAGUCCUGAUGAAAAUUCCAGUAAUAUUAUUAAUAAACCAGGAGCGGGUUUAGAAAAUACUGUCACAACUAAAAAUUCUAUAGAAAAAGAAACUGAAUUCAAUUUAAAUUCAGAAACAGAACUUCCUGUAGUUGAAAACACAGAUAAUGGCAAUGUUAGUGAUGAUGAUGCUAUUAUAGAACAGAUAAAAAAUAUUGAUCUAAAAGAUGAACAGGUGGAUGAGCUUAUGGUUAAAGUUUCUGAUGAGGAAGAAGAAUCAGCCAAUGAAGAAGACUCGGACAGUGAUGGUGGUGAAUGGAUAACUCCUGGAAACUUAGCAUCAAAGAAAAAGGAAAUGGAACUGGGAGACUUUGAAGAAAAAGCUGUAGAAGUAGCUUGCAUGACAUCAGAUUUUGCCAUGCAAAAUGUUCUUAAGCAAAUAGGGUUAAAUGUAACUUCAGUAGAUGGACGAAUCAUCAAACAACUCCGGACAUUUAUUUUUCGUUGCACAACCUGUUUUAAAACCACAAGUGUAAUGACAAAAUUGUUCUGCCCAAAAUGUGGCCACUCUACACUCAAAAAGGUUGCUGUAAGCAUUGAUGAGGAAGGUAAUCAGCAUAUUCACAUAAACGGUCGAAAACCUUUAACAGCUAAAGGUAAAAAGUUUAGUUUACCAACUCCUCGGGGAGGUCAGCACUUCCAGUACCCACUGCUUACAGAGGACCAGCAUUUCCAUAAGAGAUUUGCUACUAAAACAGCUAGAGCUAAAACAAAUGCACUAGACCCAGAUUACACAGCUGGAUUCUCACCAUUUGCAGUGAGAGAUUUGAAUUCCAGAUCAGCCAUUUUAGGUGUAAGGGCUCAUAAGGAAGAUGUCAAAUACUGGCUUAAAAAUUAUUCUAAAGGAAAGAAGAAGUAA